AUGCGGCGCGACCCCGCAGCUGACACAGCCUUGUGGGAACUACCCGAGGAAUACGUCUUAAUUCCAGUAGUGGCAUGCAACAACGAGCCGUCAUGUCUCCAGGACCAUGCCGGAUUAGAGGCGAUCACGCAGCUCCAUCGGCAGCUGGAUGAUGACGCCAACGGCAAUGUUGAUCUGAGUGAGAGUGAUGAUUUUCUACGUGAAGAGCUGCAGUACGACAGCGGGUAUGAGAAGCGACAACGGGCGUUUCAUCACAACGAUGAUAUGCACAUAUCUGUCAAGGAGCUUUGGGAGGCCUGGCUACGAUCUGAGGUUAGGAAUUGGACAGUGGAACAAACGGUAGAGUGGCUCUCCGAGUCUGUUGAUUUGCCUCAGUACAAGUCACUGUUCCUGCAACAUCGCGUUGUUGGUGCUACAUUGCCGAGACUGGCUGUGAACAACAUGCAAUAUCUAAGCAACGUAUUGGGCAUCAAGGACCCGAUUCACAAGCAAAAGCUGGCUCUAAAGGCGAUGGAUGUUGUUCUCUUUGGACCACCUAAAGAAGGAAGUCGAUGGAAGGACUGGUUACUCGCGUCUUUACUCCUCGGUGCAGUGGUCGGAAGUUGGACGGCCUUGCGUGCUGGACGCGCAAGUCGUGUCCAAGUUCAAAGGAUGUUGAGGGAUAUGGAACAGCUUCGGAAGGCGGAGAUGGCGCUGGAUGAUAUGCAAAAGGAAUUGGAGAAAGCACGGUUGGAGCAGGAAAGUGUAACAACAGAGAAGAAGAAUUUAGAGAAGAAACUAAAAGAAGCAGGCGACACACCUUUACUGAAUUCCACUUGGUCUGAUCUCGAAGUGUCGCAACUGAAAGCUGAAAUUGAAAUGCUCAGAGGAGAACUCCGAAGGGCGGAGGGCGAGUUGGAAGACAGGUGCUGGGCGCCUCCCGCGGGACUCCAGCAGUGGCUCCAGCUCACCCACGAAGUCGAGAACCGGGCCUACCUCAGGAAGAAGCAGCAGGCGGACAUGCAACUGCAGCAGGCCAGGGAUGCGUGUGAGAAGUUACGCAAGAAACGCUCCAGUUUGGUCGGGGCGUUCGUGUCAACCCACGGGAAGUCGAUAGACGAUGUCGAUCGCUCCAUAGUCGAAGCCCGGACUGCGCUCAAUGAGGUCACACAGGAAUUACAGGAAAGAAUGCAUCGUUGGAAGCAAAUUGAACGAUUGUGUGGCUUCAAUAUUAUCAACAACAACGGUCUCCAGUACUUAGAAAGCGCAUUGUACCGCACUGCCAAUGGUCGACAACCUAACAGAGGUCGCGUAAACAGUUCCCAAGAUGACUUAAGUGCAGCCGAUGAUACUUCGUUAUGCGGCUCAGUGUCAGAAACCUUCGGGUGGAAAGAGGAUUCGUCUGGAAGCGAAGCCGACACACCUCAUUACCCUCUCGACUUGAGGCUCGCCGAAGCCAGACUGCAACUAGAAGAACGUUUAGCGCAAGAGGCUCGUGAAGGCCGCAUGGAAGAAAGACGAGAAGAUAGGAGAUUAGCAGAUGAGAAGAGGAGUUCAUACAAUGAUGUCAGAAAGAGUCCGGAUGAGAGACGAAGAGAUCCAGUACAGUUUGUGCUGGGAGGAGACAAUGUUAACUGGACUGGUGAAGACCUAACCCGCGCCGUACACUCACAAUCUCAGCCUCAACUUCGUGCCUCCAUGCGCAGUAUCGGCGCACCCCUUCCCCCUCCGCGGCGCCCCUUUACCGGCCAAAUAGUACGUUCGCGCAGCACUGACAUAGUCCCGUACAAUCCAGAAGACCCCAGACCUCCACCUAGACCUUUUAUCAGACAAAAGCCUGUCCCAGAAGCAGAACAAGAGCCCAAUACGCCCCAAGAAGAAGAGUCCACAGAUUCGUCUCUGAUGGAGGAAGAUGGAGUUCCAAAACCCCGCAAACGUCGUAUCAACCUGCCCUUCGGAAAGAAAUCGAAGACGCCCGCGUGA